GAAUCCUGCUUAGACCAGACCCAAAAAGGGGGAGGAGAGGGGAUGUCAGGGACAGCGUGAAAUUGCUUUAAACAUGCCAUUCCCCGCUGCCCAGACCUUCACGCCGCCUUAAAAGCCGGAGCACCGGGCACGAAGCGCUCUUUUCAAAGUUUACUUCCAGCAAGCGCGUAAAAAAGCCUGCAUUAAAAAAAAAAAGAAAAAAAAAAGUUUUUUUUUAAUAAUUUUAAAUAUUUAUUUAUUUAUUUAUUACGAGAUAAAGCACCGAGUCGGCUAUUCCAGCACCAUCCCCGGGCUCACAAAGGAGAGCUGCGUCUCGGAUACCUUCGGCGCAUUUUAAUCUGACUGGGAGAGGAGUCUGGAGUAGCCACGCUUAAUAGAGAGCCGUCAGAAGUUUGAAAGGAUUUAUUCCCCAUCCCGGAUUGCUGAGAUUGUAUAAAAUGCACCUAUUUGGAUUAUCUCUAUAUUUCGUAUGCAUCGUGUUUAUUUACAGAAGUUUGGCAAUUGAAUCAUUUCAAGAUUAUUAUGAUGAUUACCAAGGUCAAAGAGAUUUCCAGGAGGAAGUGCAGCCCGAACUGGAGCAACGGCUGCGCGCCGCGUCCAGUGUGGACGAGCUCAUGCAGCUUGUAUACAGAGGCAGCUGGACCUCACUACGCUGCCAGUACAAGCUGGGUCAGCGGCUCCUGGACCGAGGCCGUGCCCCCACUGGCGGAAGUGGCUCUGAGGAGCCUGCCAUGUACGCGGCUGCUUUCUACGAUUUUGAAGUUUUCAAAAGUAUAGAGUCAGAGUGGAGAAAGACGCUGUGCAUGCCACGCGAAGUGUGUUUAGAUGUGGGGAAAGAGCUGGGGUCGCCUACAAACACCUUCUAUAAACCACCCUGCGUGUCUGUCUACAGAUGUGGAGGCUGCUGCAACAGCGAGGAGCUGCAGUGCAUGAACGUCAGCACCUCCUACAUCAGCAAAACGCUGUUUGAAAUCACCGUCCCCAUCAGCCACGGAACAAAGCCCGUCACCAUUGGAUUCGCUAACCACACCCUCUGCCGCUGCCUGUCCAAGCUGGACAUCUACAGACAGGCACACUCCAUCAUAAGGCGGGCCCUUCCAGAGUGCAGUGUGGCGAACAAGACAUGUCCGAGGAACCAGGGCUGGGACGACGUCCUCUGCAGAUGUGUACUUCGGCCUGACGACACCUUCUCAUCAGGCCCUGCAGAACUCCUCAGUGACGACCCGUGUGGACCGGACAGGGAGCUGGAUGUGGAGACGUGCGAGUGUGUGUGCAGCAGGCAGGCCCAGGCGGCAUGCGGGCCGGGCCGCGUGCCCGACCCACACACGUGCCAGUGUGUAUGCAAGGUGCCCGCCGCCCCCUGCAGGCCCGGGCACGUCUUCAGCAGGGACGCGUGCCAGUGCAUAUGCGCCAAGACGUGCCCCAGGCACCAGCCCCUGAACGCCGCCAAAUGCGCCUGCGAAUGCACCGAGUCACCAAACCGCUGCUUCCUGCGUGGACGCCGCUUCCGCCCAGCCACCUGCAGCUGCUACCGCCCCCCGUGUGAGGUACGUAGGAGGAAGUGUGAUGCUGGAUAUGACUUCAGCGAGGAGGUGUGCCGCUGUAUACCCACGUACUGGAGGAGGCAGGACUAAGGAGGCGAGGUGUACUGACUGGUAAACAUCAAAAUGGUCACAUGGACACAGAGUGUGGGAUUAUGGGAAAUAUAAACGACAGUAACAACAACGGCAGCAUCAGCAUUGAGAAGCUAUAAGAGAAAACAAAGCCGGAUGUGAGCAUAAUGACGUAAUGAACUGAGGACUUACACACGCCGUCUGUUUCCAUGGUUACCGGCUCCGUUUUUAUUUGUAUGUGUCAAAUAAUGAUUUUAUAAUUUAUUGCCACUAAUUGUUUGCAAACAUUCCUGUUUAUAGUAUUUCAGCCUUUCAGGAAAAUACACUGUGAUCAAUAUUUUUGUAUCAUGUGAAAUACCUUUAAAAUAAAAUAUAAAGUUGUAUUACAUAUUCCUUUUUGCCUGCCAGCGUAACGCAAUGUCAGUGAGCAGAUGAUGCAUUUCUGUUCUGUUAUUUCACUUUGUAAAGGUGCCUUUAAUAGAUGCCAUUCCAUGAAAUGUAGUGAAUAUCAGCCAGUGUAUAUUCAGUUACUCCAUGAAAAAUACCGAUUCACGUUAAUAAUUGUCGGAUGCAAAUUUGCCACAGGGUGUAUUUUUAUUUUUUUUUACCAGCUCAAGGCAUGUAACUCUGACUCGUGCAGCGGACUGAACUCUGGAGGGGAGGAAGGGGCUUAGCUUUGCACCUCAGCAGGGGGACAGCAUGUUAGCGUUUAGCUAGGACAUGACCCGAGACAUGAAUCACGGUAUUAUCAGGGGGCGGUGGCCGGCCACGUGUGCCUGCUUCAGACGCUUACAGGUAAAACCCAAAGCUGGAGACAGGUUUCCGAACGGAAGAGAUGUAAGGUGUGAGGAACAGUGAGGUUACCGUGGAAACACAGGCAGCCCGCGUCUGUGUCAGGAAGCUCAAGAAAUUCACAUUAAAGCUUCCAUGCUCUGAAAAGGCAGGUCCAGCAGCAGCUUUCCGGAAUCGGACAGGGAACACUGUGUGGGAAUCAAGACCGAGCAGUUAUCUGUCAACACGCACAACAAGUGGCGAACAUUUCCAUAGCAACAGACAACGCCAAGCUUUUCAUUUCGGAGUUUGAGUGACUCGAACCGCUGCUGGAAGUGAGGAUGCAUUUUACCUUUAAAGAUUUAAAAAUGUGUAGAAAGUUGAAAGAAAAGUAUUAAUGGAUGAAGGAGAAUGAAGGAGAGUGCAAUUGUAGCUGUUUUGUGAUGUAUGUUUUUUUUUUUUUUUUUUUAAACUUUCUUAAAUGUGCUAAUUGUGGAUUCUGUUUGUGGAAAAUAAGCAAUAUUUUAGCCAGUUGGCAGGUUCUGAAACUUUUUAGGCACUUUCAUCAGUGCGUACAACACAAUAAAUUGAUUCCUUUUACCAAUUACGAAUAAAUACCCUUCCAAAAACCAA